AUUCUCCAAUAUUCAGCGAAAAUGGUAUCCGGUCGUCCUCUACUCUAUCUCUCACUGCCCGGUGUAGCAUUUAUACUCGGCGUCUUUUGGUUUCGGCGUAGAAAUAAAAAUCGUAUUGAUAAAAACGAUGACGAUGCAAAUGGCGCCGCUGCCAAUGGAAAGCCGAUCAAAGAGGGCAUCGAGCCGGGAACACAGCGCAAGACAGUGAAUGGCAUUCAGUCCCAAAAUGGCAAAUUGCCUUCGGGCAACGGAAAUGGAGCAGUACCUGGUACUGGUGCCUCCAAGUCGAUGAGCAUCAGUGUGGGCAAUGGAUCGGUGUUGAACAAUGUGGAGUAUGAUAAGGAGAGCCCGAAUACCAUGCUCUAUGGUAAAUCGGCGCCAAUCACAAUACAGAGCAAUGGACGCGCUUCCCCCGGCAAGCAUCAGCAGCAACAGAUCGAUUCGGAAAUGCUAAAGUCUAAGAUACAAGAUGCAGAGCAUAAGAAGCUAUGCUCCAUUGACGAGGACUUUGAGAAUCUCUCGUCGCCCAGAGAUUUGCCGGAUUCCAUAUCGAAGAAUCGCGUCUCGUUCUACAAUCGGAAUAUCAACCAAAAGAAAGAAGAGCCAGUGGUCAUCAAGGCAACACGCACACCAAAAAUAUCCCCAGAGAAUUCAUUUCUCGAGAGCAAAUACACCAAGGAAUGCGAGCAGAACAACAACUGUGAGCCAAAUCCAACUGCAGCUGAUGCUGACAAGAUCAAGAAGCAGCAGCUGGAGAUGGUGAAGGAGCAGAAGGAGGUGAUGGAGAAUGCCGUUGCAGCCAAUGGCAAUCAGAAGCGCAACGUGGAUGCAGCCAGUCCAUCGCUAAGCAUUUGCAGCGUACAAUCUGGCGAUUCGGGCAAAGGGUCCAGCUUGCCGCGAUCGGAGGCAACGUCACGGGUGAAGAGCUCGUAUCGCUUCUUCUUUCCGAAUAGCCUGAUUGGCCAGCUAUAUGGACGCAAGCGUACGUUCAUCAAUAAAAUCAAGUCGAAGACCUUGGCCAAUGUCAGCUUGAGCAAGAAUCGCUACUCAUCCGGCAAGCUGCGCAUUUGCACCAUCGAAGGCACCGACAGCGAGAUCGACGCCGCGCUGGCCAUGAUACGCCAGCGUUUGCCAUCCAGACGCUAUCCAAAUUUCACAAUGCAAAGAAUUCACUAUGCGCUUCCGCAAUCCAUAGUUCCUCUGUCGACUGAAAGCCUCCAUAGCUUACAACUAAACCUGAUCGAGGGCAUCAACAAUGACGUGUCAGUCACCGCAGUGCUCUCUGGCAAUCAUAUAUUCGUGCAGCAUCCGUUGCAUCCAUCACACCCAUCGCUACACGCACUGCAGAAGAACAUGCUCGACAGCUACUCGAGCAUGGAGGCGCCCAAAUUGCCGAGCAUCGAGAUCAGCGCCGUCUGUGUGAUGCCCAUCAAUGGCGGUUGGUAUCGUGUCCAGAUCGUGGGCAACGAUCCCAACGACGAUGAGGAGCGCUGCGUGGUCAAAUUCUUGGACUUUGGCGGCUAUAUGAAUGUCAGCUUUAAUGUUUUGCGUCAGAUACGCACAGAUUUUAUGGCGUUGCCCUUCCAGGCAACCGAAUGCAUACUGUCCAAUGUCGAGCCAAUCGAUGAGACCUGGUCUAUUGAAGCGGCCGAUAUCCUCAGCAAAUUAACCAAAGGCAUUGUCUUGCAAGCACAAGUCGCCGGCUAUAAUAGCCUUAAUAUACCAGAAAUCUAUUUAUUUGCUUCUCUAGGUCCAAACAACAUAAUUUUUAUCAAUAAGGAAAUUGUCGCCAGAAAUCUCGCAAAAUGGGUCGAGAUGCCUGACUAACAGCCCAAAUGAACAAUGAAACUUAACACAUAGGAAACUACUACUACAACAACAACAACAACAACAAUAGCAACAACAACAGCAACAACAAACAAGAAUCAGCAGCGAAACGUUGAAAGUCUCAAAGUGCUGGUGGAAAAAGCUCGUAAAAUGCAAAAAGUUGUAGAACGCGACUGAGUCCGUAUUUAUUUAUAAAUACAAAACACAAUACAACAUAGACACACACACACACAUAUGCAGACAUGUAACGCAUUGUUAACACAAAUACCCAAACACACAGACAUAGGCUACAUAUAUAUAUAUAUAAAUAUAUAUACAUUCAUAUCCAAUGAUCGUUCAUAUACAAAAGGCGUUU